GGUUUGAUUUAUUAAAUUUUGUAUAAUUUACACAUCUCCCAUUUUAUUGUUUAAAAUUUCUGUUUUUUUGUUACACAUCUUGUUUCAUCAUCCUCCUGAGGAGGAAGGUAGGAGAUGGAAGAGAUGCCCAGAGGAAAAAAAACAAACCUUCUUCAUCAUCAAUCUCUACCUUCUUCAACCAAAAUGCCAGUCCUCCUGGUUCUUUUCUACCUCUUUUUUGUUGCAACAACAAACUCCAUCCAUCAUGUUUCAGCUCAGGUUACAGCUGAACCCGCAAAGCCUAAUUCUUUUACCCCACAAGACAAUUAUCUAAUUGAUUGUGGUUCAUCUUCAAGAACAACCCUUCCUGAUAAACGCAUCUUCUUACCAGAUCAGGAGACAGGGAAAUUGUUGUCCUACAAAGGCCGUGACAUUAACGUCGUCUCGCCGCCUUCCGCCAAUCUCAAUGUUCCCCUCCCCAUCUAUCUUUCUGCCAAAAUCUUUGUUGAACCGGCGACUUAUGCUUUUCACAUUGUACGACCAGGAUGGCACUGGAUCCGCCUCCAUUUCUUCCCACUGGCUAACAAUGAAUUCAAUUUGCAACAGGCGAAAUUCCAGGUGAUCACGGAUCAGUAUGUUCUUAUCCAUGAUUUCCAGGUUAAUGACACAACCACCUCUGUUGUCAAGGAAUAUCUUGUCAAUGUUACCACAGAGAGAUUCGAGAUCAAGUUCAAUCCUGAAAAGGGUUCCGCGGCUUUCAUCAAUGGAAUCGAGCUUGUUUCUGCGCCUGAUUUGUUGCUUGAAGACGUGGGUUCAAAUUUGUUUCCGGUUUCGCAGUAUACAGGGCUUUCACAGAUUGCUUACCAGACGGUUUACAGGCUCAAUGUUGGAGGCCGUUUGAUCAGUUCCGAGAAUGAUACCCUCGGUCGGACGUGGCAACCUGAUGAGCCUUACCUCAAGCUGCCUUUUGCAGGAAAGAAUGUAUCCGUUGCGCCGAAUGUGAUCGAAUAUCCUGAUGGAGAAUCGCCGUUGAUUGCGCCGCCUUCUGUUUAUGCAUCUGCUGUUGAAAUGGGAGAUGCCAAUGUUGGUGCGCCUAAUUUCAAUGUGACUUGGAACCUGGAUAUUGAUACUUCAUUUUCUUACCUUGUUCGGUUGCAUUUCGCCGAUAUCGUCAGCAAAUCGCUGAAUGAUCUCUACUUCAAUGUGUACAUUAAUGAAAAGAUGGGCAUUUCAGGGCUUGAUUUGUCAACGGUGGCAACCGGAUUGUCAAUGGCUUACUACAAAGAUUUCGUCGUGAAUUCGUCCCUUUUAACCAAUCCUAUGACCAUCCAGAUUGGCCCAAUGAAUCAGGACACAGGUGUGAAGAAUGCUAUUCUCAAUGGCCUUGAGGUCUUGAGAAUGAAUAACUCUGUUGGGAGCCUAGAUGGAGAGUACGGUGUUGAUGGCCAGAAGGCGAUUGGUCCAAGCCGUGGCACGGUUGCUGCUGUUGGAUUCGCAAUGAUGUUUGGGGCGUUUGUCGGUUUGGGAGCCAUGGCUGUCAAGUGGCAAAAGAGGCCUCAGGAUUGGCAUAAAUCGAAAAGUUUCUCAUCAUGGUUGCUUCCACUACAUGCUGGAGAUACUAGCUUUAUGUCCAGCAAGAAUUCAUUGGGGUCUCGCAAGAGUCAGUUCUAUUCAUCGACAAUGGGAUUAGGUCGGUAUUUCUCUUUCGCCGAGCUGCAGGAUGCCACAAAUAAUUGGGAUCCGAGCGCAAUCAUUGGAGUUGGAGGCUUCGGGAAUGUGUAUAUUGCAGAGCUUGAUGAUGGAACAAAAGUUGCUGUGAAGCGAGGCAACCCUCAAUCUGAACAAGGUAUAAACGAGUUCCAGACAGAAAUCCAAAUGCUGUCGAAGCUAAGGCAUCGUCAUUUGGUGUCUUUGAUCGGAUACUGUGAUGAGAAUUCUGAAAUGAUAUUGGUUUAUGAGUACAUGGCCAAUGGACCAUUCAGAGAUCACUUGUAUGGAAAGAACAUGCCAACGUUGUCCUGGAAACAAAGGCUGGAGAUUUGCAUUGGUGCGGCUCGUGGACUUCAUUACCUCCAUACUGGCGCGGCUCAAGGAAUCAUUCAUCGUGAUGUGAAGACAACUAACAUCUUGCUUGACGAAAACUUUGUAGCCAAGAUGGCCGAUUUCGGGUUAUCAAAAGAUGGACCAUCUGAACAAGAAGGCCAUGUCAGUACUGCAGUGAAAGGAAGUUUUGGGUACCUUGAUCCCGAGUACUUCAGGAAACAACAACUCACUGAGAAAUCAGAUGUCUACUCAUUUGGGGUUGUACUACUUGAAGCAUUGUGUGCACGAGCGGCCAUCAACCCUGCAUUGUCCAGAGAGCAAGUGAACUUGGCCGAAUGGGCGAUGCAGUGGAAGCGAAAGGGCUUACUCGAGAAAAUCAUUGAUCCAACAUUGGCAAAUCAUAUCAACCCCGAAUCAAUGAAGAAGUUUGCUGAAGCUGCAGAGAAAUGCUUGGCAGAAUACGGAGUUGAUAGGCCGACUAUGGGUGAUGUGUUGUGGAACUUGGAAUAUGCUUUGCAGUUGCAAGAAGCUUCAUCACAAGGAAAAACUGAGGAGGAAACCACACCCAUUUCAUCUGCCCCAGCUGCUGUGGUUGCCCCUGCAUCUACUCCUGCUCCUCCUACACCAGUUUCUGAUAACAGGCCAGCUGCUUCUCCUAAUGCUGAAAGUAGAAAUCCUGCUGAAGUUCCAGUCAUUGAUGAGCAUUCAGGAACAGCCAUGUUUGCUCAAUUUGCUGCUCUCAACGGGCGAUAAAUAGGGCACCAUUUCUCUACUUAACCCAUCAAAAUCAAACAAAAAGAGAAAAAGAAAAAAAAAAUGAAGAUCAAUACAUUGUAUUACGUAUAAAACUAGUUUUUCAAUGGCUUUGCCAUUUAACCUUCAAAUAUAUGAAUGCUAAUCGAAUAUUAUAGUGAAUCGCCACUAAAACUAGUUUUUUAAUGGCUUCCGAGGCUAAUGGUUUUUGUUUCUUCG